AUGGUCUCCAAUAUCAUGAAAAGCAGUUAUCUGCAAUACAAAGCGGACACCGACACAGUAAUGGCUCGUCGCUACUGCCAAGAGCUGUGGCUUCCCUCUAGGAAGUUGGCUCGCGAGGCUGCCACCAAGGCUGCAUCCACUGGCUCUCAAUCGACAACAUCUGAAGCUGCUAAACACAUUCUCGCCUUGAAGGAUUUCGUCGACCUCGCAGAAUAUAUCGCUGCAUCAACAAAGCCGGUGAUUCACGUGCCAGCAAGUUUUGUGACGGUCCUUGACCGAGCCACCUCAGUGCGACGCGAGCAUGGCAACAAGGCCCGGGCCAAGCUCUCAACAAACCUCAAAUCGCGAGAAUCCUCCUACCGACACGAGUAUUUUAUCGGGAUUCUGGAACACGUCCGGCAGGCUCUACAGCCUCGAAUGUCAGAUGAGAAUGUAGAAGACCCCUCGAUUGACAAUGUCACAGACUACAAGGCCAACAACCUGGCGAAUCGAUUCGAAGGCCUAGAAGUUCAUGAGCCGUCCGAGGCGUUCUUGCAAGCCUCGGAUGUUGCUAUCCCCGCCCCAGCAACCGAAAAGCCAGAGGCCAACUAUGAAGCCGAGCGCCUCCACGACUACGAAGAAGUGUUCUUUGCCUUUAGCCUGCUGCUUCAGGAUCUGCAAAAGAUCCGAGCCGUCAUCGCACGAACCUGGAAGGGCUACAAACUGCGUACGUUCGAUCUGGUGGCGGUGUCCCUCAUGACAAAUUGUGCCAUCGACUUCGCCCGACAUUUGGAGGAGGAAAUCCAGGGCCUUCUGAAUGAACAUGGAGGGUCGAUCGCACUGUUGAUCAGUCUCUAUGAGGGGAUCACUGAUAUGGUCGGCGAGGAUCCGAUGCACCGGGAGCGGCCCGGAGACCCUUUUAACUUCCGAACCUACAACAUUGCCGAGUCACUGUUUAUACCCACCUUUGUCUACCUGAAUUCUUUCCAUCCUCUCGUCGACAAACACAGCUUUCUUCCAUGCAGAGAGAGGUCCUUUCCCACCUGCGACAGGGCGAGCGACAGGGCGCGGAAAAGUGCAUGGGACAGAUUUGAGGAGGACAUGAAGGUCAUAAACGAGGUACUCUCCGAAUUCGUGUAUCUACAUCUCCUCCUCCCGCAGCCGGAGCCACACGAGGACGAAAUCACGCGGGGGAUACGAAAGAUGUUCGACACGCACCAGGUUCCGCUCUGGCUGGUGUUCGCGUGUCAAAUCUUUCUUGACAUUCACCAUUGCCUUGAGGGGGAUGUGGAAAGUGGGUUUGCGGAUCUCACCAACACAGCCAAAUCUAUUCAGAGCUCGCUCGAGCUAAACCAGGAAUUCUUUGCGCACCUCCGCAUUGGAUCGUGGCCCGAGCAAUAUGACGCACGGAUCAAGUGUUUUCUCGAGUUCAUCUCCACGUGGGUGGAUUCCGACUUCACGCAGACCGCAAAGGAGAAGUAUUAUGUCUGGAGGCCCUCUGAGUGCUUCAAACUUAUGAAGUGGCACCUGUUGUUCUGUGGGAUUUUGACAUACUACAUCAAGGCUCGCUUCCAGGACUUCGCCAUGGCUUUUCAGGGCACAUGGGGGGCGAUUAUGUACGCGGCCCAUCUCUACAACGCUCUGCGGCAGGAAGGGUUACUGACGAGGCACUGGGCUGACAUGAAACUUGCCCUGAAUUGGCACAAUGAGAUUUUCGUCGGUACCCCGCCUUGUCAGCCUAGCGAGUAUUUGAAGCAAUACAGUCUCUCCAUCGGCCUUUCCGCGGCAGCAUUCGCUCGCAACCGGCGUCAUAGCGUUAGGCUACCUGGAUCAAAGGCCGGGCCAAGGCGCAUGCAGCCUGUCGCCCCCGUCUCGCGGAUGUUCUUCAGUCGACACUGUGAAGGAUUGACGCCGAGCGGAUUCACUGAAUCCGAUCUCGAGACAAUUCUCGCGAAGUCGGCUGCAUGGAACAAUGAUCAACAAGUAGAUCGAUCAGUUUCAAAGCAUCGUGCCACUCGCACCGAUAGAGGCAAGCCGCCUACCAAGAAGUGCUCCACUUGUCAACUCACCGUCGUCGAAUUACUUGAGACCUUGCGAGACACGAUUCACAACGAAGCGCCGGAAUUCACGUUCGAUUAUCUGGCCUUACACAGGAACUGCUGGCGGCUACUUCGUAUGGUCCGAGACAUGUGUGAUCCCCAUCUGCGCAGGGUACAUGGGGCCGACUACCUCGAGGACGAGACCGAGCUGCCGUUUCUCGUGGGUCAUUUUUUCAUGGCUGCUGCGGGGACACAUCAGCUGAACAAGAUCCUGGCCGAGAAGGACGAGGUACUCAGCGCUGAGAUGAUGACGUGCGCCGCAAGUGUGGUUGAGAGCAUGAUCGAGUCAGAGGCUGGAUCUCUGGCUGUGAAGCUUCUGGGCCAACAAGGCUACCAGAUCGAGUUUGAGGAGAAAGAAUAG